AUGAAAUAUACUAUGUUUCAGCCACCCCCAUUAUUACGUACUGGAACAAAUUGUUCAGUUACAAUGUCACAACGACAAGCUGCUUCAUUGUUAGCUUGUGCAUUUUUCUGUUUAUUUCCAAAUCGUUCUGAUUGUAAACAGAAGAAUAAAUAUUGUAAUUUUCCAAAUCCAAAUUUUAAUGCAUUAUUUCAAAGUGGACAUCCAAAAAAAAUUCAAAAACUCAAAUGUAUUUUACAUUAUUUUCAACGUGUUACAGAAAAAAUGCCAAAUGGUGUUAUUACUAUUCAACGUAUUGCAUUUCCCGAACAUGUUUCUCCACAAUGGUCAGAUUUAAACACAGAUCUUUGUGAUUUGCAUUUAACAACAGAUAAAAAAAUCGAAGAUAUCAAUGGUGUAUUACAAAUUGACUUUGCCAAUAAAUAUAUUGUAAGUGGUGUUUUACGUGGCGGUUGUGUUCAAGAAGAAAUUCGCUUUAGUAUUUGUCCUGAAAUGCUUGUUAGUUUACUUGUUUGUGAAAGAAUGGAACCAAAUGAAUGCGUUUUUCUUAUUGGUUGUGAACGAUAUUCAACAUAUAAAGGUUAUUCGAAUUCAUUUCAGUUUGAUGGAAAUUAUGACGACAAUACAUCUAAAGAUAAUUGGGGACGAAAAUGGUGUCAUGUUGUAGCAAUGGAUGCUAUUUUCUUUCGUUAUACAUCUACACAAAAUGAUAUGAAUUGUGUAGAUCGUGAACUAUUCAAAGCUUACACAAGCUUUCGUCCACUAAAUAGUGGAUCAGAUUAUGAGUUUGCUAUUGCUACUGGAAAUUGGGGUUGUGGUGCAUUCAAUGGCGAUAAAUAUGUGAAAGCAAUCAUUCAAUUAAUGGCUGCUUCUGAAGCUCGACGUCCACUUAUCUAUGCAGCAUAUCAUGAUAAAACUUUAGUCAAUUCAUUUGGUGUAGUAUAUGAAUACUUGAAAGAUCAAAAAGCAACAGUGGGAGAUUUAUAUCGAUGUCUUAAACGAUACUUUACUGAAGUUGAUCAAGGAUCAUUAUUCGAAUAUAUUUUGACCACAACUAUUUCAGUUCUUAGAUCUUAA